GCGCGGGUAGUAUCCGCCGCCAUCCGGGCUCCGGAGUCCCGGUGCGGCUCAGGGGCGUGGCUCGCUGCAGCGAGCGGGCCCGGGGAAGGCGGGGCGCGGACUUCCGGGCGGUGGGGGGUUCCGAGCCCCGACUCACCUCCACCGCCUCUCCCCUCCCCUGUCCGCAGCCAUGGCUCUGCGCUACCCCAUGGCCGUGGGCCUCAACAAGGGCCACAAGGUGACCAAGAACGUGAGCAAGCCGAGGCACAGCCGUCGCCGCGGGCGCCUCACCAAGCACACCAAGUUUGUGCGGGACAUGAUCCGAGAGGUGUGCGGCUUUGCCCCGUAUGAGCGGCGCGCCAUGGAGCUGCUCAAGGUCUCCAAGGACAAGCGGGCCCUCAAGUUCAUCAAGAAAAGGGUGGGGACACACAUCCGCGCCAAGAGGAAGAGAGAGGAGCUGAGCAGCGUCCUGGCAGCCAUGAGGAAAGCGGCAGCCAAGAAGGACUGAAUCCCCGCUCUCUACAGAAGAAAGCCUUUUCAGGAACUUGGGGUAUUCCGUCUGGUCCAUCUGCUCAGAGCCCCCUGCUGCCUGCCUCCUUCCUGGGCCACAGAGGUGUGGGCAUGUGGCAGUACAAGAAAAAAGAAGCAGGCAGUACUGGAAAUGGUGUUUUAAUCAUAGCUAAAUAAGUCAUAUGCCAGG